AUGACACCGCCCUUCACUUUCUCCUCGAUCCCAACAAUCGACCUCUCCCUCGCCAACUCCCCCACGACAAAACCCGCCCUCCUCCGGAAACUCCACUAUACCCUUAUCUCCGUCGGAUUUCUCUACGUAUCCAACCACGGCGUCCCGGAAAACGUCAUCGCAGACCUCGUCAACGUGGUCCCGCAGCUGUUCAGUUUGCCAGAGGCGGCCAAAGAUGAAAUUGCGCUGCGCAAUUCGGCCCACUUUUUGGGAUAUAGCGGUGUAGGCACGGAGACGACGAGAGGGAUAGCUGAUAGACGGGAACAGGUGGAGUUUGCGACGGAGUUGGAUGUCACUUACCAACCGGGGAAGCCGCUGUAUGAGAGGUUAAGGGGCCCGAAUCAGUGCCCUCCACUCCUACCGUAA